AUGGCCGCCGCCGGUUCAUGCUACGUUAUUGUCGGCGCGGGCAUCUUCGGAGUGUCCACCGCUUACCACCUGAUACGAAGGUAUCCCGAGGCGUCGGUGACCCUUGUCGACCGGGAUGCAUUCGACGCCGAUAACCGAGUUGCUGCGUCAUGGGACUGGAACAAGGUGAUGCGAGCCGACUACGACGACCCCGUAUACUGCGAGCUGGCGCUAGAGGCCCAAGACGUCUUCACGUCUGAUCCUCUGUGGAAGCCCUUCUUCCACCAGACCGGGCUCUACUGGAUGUGCGGUCGUGACUAUGCCCGCGGCUGCGUCAGCAACUUCGAGAGACUCGGCCGCCACGGCGACAUUUCAGUCUGGCCGGUCGAAGAGGCCCGCAAGCUGUUCGGCGGCCUGUUCGACGAGUCCGACUACACCAAUGUAGAGCAAGUUCUCGUGAACAGGGCCAGUGGCUGGGUCGCCGCCGGGGACUGCUUGCAGGCCGUCACCCGCAGAGUCUUGGGACUGGGCGUCAAGUACGUGGCCGAGGAAGUCGCAAACUUGCAGUUCGACCCCAGUGGACGGUGUGCCGGCAUCGAGACGGCCCAGGGCCGCCGCCUACCGGCCUCCCAUGUUGUUCUUUGCACUGGCGCCUCCACGCCCAAGCUGCUGGAGAUAAGCGCCGCCGCGAGCGGGCUGACCAAUCUACAGGCCGGGUCGAGGAUCCUGGCCGGCGGCAUAACGACUGGAAUGACACGCCUGGAUGACGAUUCAUACGCCAAGUUUGCAGAUAUGCCGGUUGGCAUCCAGGGAUACACGACACUAAAAGGUAACAGCGCAUGUGUGCCCUCGCAGUUCCUUCGCGUUCCUCCAUUCAUGGGAAGUCUGCCUCCAACGAAAGAUAGGGAGCUGAAAUGGUGGGGACAAAAGAUCUUCAGGAACACCAAGGAGGUUCUCCCGGGACGCUUCAUCUCGAUGCCCCCAGCGGAAGCAGAUUAUGCGCAGUGGAAGAUUUCCGAACGGCUCAAGGAAGACAUUGUCAACGUGAGCAGCGUCUUCUAUGGAAACCAAGCUGCAAAGUGGAAGUUUGAGAAGCAUCGCAUCUGUUGGGAUGCCUUCACAACCAGCUCCGACUUCAUCAUCUCACCGCACACGGCUUCAAAGGGACUCUACGUGGCAACUUGUGGCUCAUUCCACGGAUACAAAUUCUUCCCCGUCAUUGGGAGAUAUGUCGUCGACAUGCUGGAGGAUACGCUCCCCGCACGGCUGGCGAGUAAAUGGGCUUGGGAUCGCGAAAGGCCUGAUCCGUCGGCCAACCCGGACUGGCCCAGCUGUGAGAUGAAGGACCUGCUGGAUCCUGUGAGAGAUUCCAGGCUCUAA